AUGCCUAGCCGCGAGCGUCGCCACUGCCGUGGAGCAGCACUGGCUGCUGCACGGCAGCGAGCGGCCGAAGCUGCUGCCGCCGAGGGCAGCUCUCCGUCUAAGCUGGCGGACCUGCCACUAGAAAGGUUGCGGCACUUCGCUGCGACCCAGGUUGACCAGAUCCUGCACAACUGCGGGGUCGAUGGGUCAGCUGGGAGCACCGAGGACAAAGUCAGCUUUGGUGGGCAUUUGCAGAUUGCGAUGACGCUGCAGCAGGCCGGCGUUCGCGAUGGCAUGACACUUUCAGCCACGGUGCGGCAAGUGCCCGUUGGCUGCAGCCGGCGAAAUGCUGCGUUUGCACUGGUGCGCGCGGAUGGCACCGUCGUGACCUGGGGAGAUGCACAGUCUGGCGGGGACAGCAGCGCUGUUUAUCAGUCAUUAGUGAAAGUGCACUCUGUCAAGGCUACUUCCAGAGCCUUCGCAGCUUUGCGCAACGACGGACAGGUCGUCACAUGGGGUGACCAUCUCAGAGGAGGUCGAGGUGGACCAAGCUCUCAUCUUCAAGAUGUGAAGAUGAUUCAAGCGACACAAAGUGCUUUUGCAGCCUUGCGCCGUGAUGGAAGAGUGGUGACAUGGGGUGACACCUCUGCCGGAGCUGACAGCAACAUGGUGUCACAAAGAUUGCAAGAUGUUGCGUCAAUAUCAAGCACGGCAUUCGCCUUAGCUGCUAUAUGUCGGGGAGGAGCUGUGGAGACCUGGGGUGACAGUCGCUACGGUGGGGACUGCAGCGUGGUGCAAAGUGAUCUUUACGAUGUUCGCGCUGUCACGGGCAAUGACUUUGCUUUUGCGGCCAUACGUGGAGAUGGCUAUGUUGUUUGUUGGGGGAAGGAGGACAGUGGCGGCAGGCCGCCAGCCGAGACACAAUCGGAGCUUACUGAGGUUGUCAGUGUGGAGGGCUCCAGUGCUGCAUUUGCAGCAAUCCGCAAGGACGGAAGCGUCCUUGCUUGGGGCGAGAAGGCUUUCGGGGGCGAGUGCAUUCAAGUGAAGGAGCAGCUUCGCAAUGUGCAGAGCAUCACAGCCUCACGAGGUGCGUUUGCAGCCUUGAAAACGGACGGCACUGUGGUCUGUUGGGGCAACCAGAGCUGUGGCAGUCACGUCGAGCCAUACAUCAAUCAAGCCCUGACGCACGUCACGCUCAUCAAAGCCACUGAGUUUGCCUUUGCAGCACUCCGAUCCGACGGGCGUGUGGUGACCUGGGGCAAUGGGGUGGAAGGGGGCGACAGCUCACAGCUCCAGGAGAAGCUUCGAGAUGUGCAACAACUGGAAGCUUCGUCGGGCGCUUUUGCAGCAAUCCGCGCAGAUGGCACCGUGGUCACCUGGGGUAACUCUGACAAAGGCGCCUACAUCAAGCAGGUUGAACGCCAUUUGACAGACGUCCACUGCUUGAGCGGGGGUUACAGCUGA